AUUUCAAAUAUAUGUUGCACCAGCACACCGUGUUCUCACUUCAGAAGCACUUGUCUGUCCUGACUGUUGUGUUGCUGUUUCAGGUCGCUCCUGCUCUCAAGUAAACGUCGAAAUACAACGUGCUACAACGGUAUAAAAUGAAGAAAGUAUUUAGCUCGGGACGUCUGACACGUCUUCGCAAUUUAUUGAAAGAUAGAAAUUUACAAGGAUAUAUACUACCAACAGAAGAUGAACAUUUUAAUGAGUAUGUGGGCACUGCAGAUAGGCGUUGUGCAUUCAUUUCUGGAUUUACAGGUUCUUCCUGCUCUAUUGUUAUCACUUUAGAUCAAGCUGCUUUAUGGACUGAUGGUCGAUAUCAGCUACAGGUGGUUUUCUCCUAGAAAAACAUUAUUUUAAUCACAAUUUCGAAACUGUGCAACUGCAUCAUUAUUUUUGUAGUUAUUUAGUAAUUAUCUUCAAGUAAGAUCAUAAUUCGUUAGGAAAUCCAAUGGCUGGCUUUGAUUUAUCUAAAAGAUGGCUUCCAGUGAACUAGAUGAAAAUUGGUCAUUAUUUAGAAAUGACUUAACUGAAGCUCCUACAAGAGUCCAAUGGAUUGUUUCGUCAACUUCACCUGGUUCUUUUAUUGGAUAUGAUGGCAGACAAAUACCUUAUACAGGAAUUGAAACAUUAAAAAAAGAAUUAGCUGGUGUUGAAGCUGAAUUAGGUAUUCUACCAAAUUGUAACGGAAUUCAAAAUCCUCUUAGUCGACAAUUAGUUAAUAUACCAAACACAAAUUUAAUUGAUCUGGUUUGGGAUUCUAUGUCUGAAUUACAGAUUGAAAAUGUUUCUCGUCCUAUUCGUUCAUCAAAUCCACUGCUAUCUAUUCCAGUCUCGUUUUCUGGUUCAAGUUGGCAGCAAAAAAUUGAUCGUGUUAGAAAUAUGAUGAAAGCAAAAGGGGCUGAAUUACUGGUUUUAUAUGCAUUAGAUGAGAUUGCUUGGUUAUUCAAUUUACGUGGAAAUGAUAUACUUUACAAUCCAGUGUUUUAUGCAUAUGCUAUUGUAAGCUUAAAUAAAAUAGACUUAUUUUUGAAUUCGAAAACUGUUGAUCAAACAUCUAGACUUGAAGAUUACUUGAGCGACAAACAGUACUUAGUAGAAAUUCAUUCAUACUCUGAAUUUUUCAACUAUUUGGAAACGGCUGUUCAUAAUUCACCAGAAAAACAUUCACCACAACAACCUUCACGUGUAUGGCUCGAUUUAUCUGCUAGUUAUGCAAUUGUUUCAAAAAUUCCAGAAAAUCAACGUCUAUUUCACAUCUCACCUGUCGCUGAAAUGAAAUCAAUCAAAUCUCUAUCAGAAUUAAAUGGAAUCCGUGAAAUUCACAUCACUGAUUCAUUAGUAUUAUGUGAUUUUUUGGCUUGGUUAGAAGGUGAAGCUAAUCAAAUUAAUGACAACAGUUGUUGUAAGCAGUCGCAUGACUACAAACCAAUAAAACCAAAUGCAGAAAACGGUGCAGGCCUACCGGUAAUCAAACCACCACUUGUUUUAACUGAAGCAUCAACUGCUCAAUAUUUGGAUGCGUUACGGUCACAAGCUAAAGAUUUUUUCAGCUUAAGCUUCAGCACGAUAUCUUGCGCUGAUGCAAAUGGAGCUAUUAUACACUAUCAUCCUGUUGAAGGUCAAGAUGCACCUAUUACUAAUACAAGUAUAUACCUUGUUGAUUCUGGUGGUCAAUACAUGACGGGCACAACGGAUGUAACGCGUACAAUCCAUUUAGGUGAAUCAACAUUAGAACAAAAUAAUUGUUAUACAUCUGUUUUAAAAGCCCAUAUUGCACUUGCUAUGCAAAUUUUUCCAUCGAAUACUCCGGGUUCACGACUUGAUAUUAUAUCUCGUCGAAUAAUGUGGCAAUUUCAUGGUAAUUAUGCUCAUGGAACAGGACAUGGUGUUGGUGCAUUUCUUAAUGUACAUGAAGGUCCUAUUGGGUUAUCUAGUAGUCGAAUUAACGCAUACACUCGUAUGGGUAUAGUAGAACCAGGAUUACAAGAGAAUAUGGUUGUUACCAUUGAACCUGGUUACUAUUGGAGUGAUCACUUUGGAAUACGAUUAGAAAAUGUAGUAUUUGUUGUACCUGUAGAAACAAAAGAUUUUCUUAGUAGUGACAGUAAUAGUUGUACUGCAUCAAAUUUUACUGGUCACCGAUCUUUUCAAUUUUCACCAAACACCGACAAUACUAAAUGGCUCAGUUUUGAACCAGUCACUUUAGUUCCAUUUCAACGUAAAUUUAUUAACUCUGAUAUGUUAACUACAGAUGAAUUGAAUUGGUUAGAUAAUUAUCAUAAAACAAUUCGUCAGGUUUUAUGCAAUCGUAUUUACCAAGAAGUGAAUAUUGAAUUGUCAAUUAAUGAUGGUAAUGAUGACCAGGAAAUCAUGUUAUCAAAUAUGUCAAUGUUAUCGUCUAGUCGUAAACGUUGUUUACAAUGGAUAUUAAGCCAAACAGAAUCAUUUUUGUAAUUUUAUGAUUUAGACUCUUCAAGUCUUUGGUGUAUUAACGGUCAAAUUUUUUAGUUUAAAAAUGUAAUCUGUUUCUUUACUUUGUUUAACCUGUAGCUUUGUGGAUAUCUAUUGUGUUAAUCAUGCGUUUUUCGUUUCAUAAUAACACUUGAUGCAUAAUAUAACACUGAAACAUUUGUGUAUCAGGUUUAGCAAGGACUGUAAGAUGUGAUUGUUUGUGUAACAUAUAUUCAGUUUAUUGAUCAAAUGUACAAUGUCAGUUGAAAUAGUUGUAUUAAUAAGUAAUGAGAAAAGUGAAUCGCCAAUUAUUUUUGUGGAAACAUUCUUUUUUUUUCAAAUCUCCUUAACAAAACUGUAAAUUAACAGCAAUUGGCUGUACUAUUUAAUUAUCAGUAUGGGGUUGUGGAGAUUAUUGAGUUCUUGAUUGAGAUCAUGAAUCGAUUGAUCUCAGGUCACCAUUGAAAACCUGGAAGCACUGGACAGCCCUUUCGACCCAUUGUGGGACUCCCCAGCAGUGCUCAUCCCCGAUCCCGGGUUUUCAAUGGUGGUCUAACACUAAUCGAUUCAUUAUCUCAAUCAUGAACUAUUUUAUGUUGCUUUAAGAAACACUCAAUAUAUCAAAAUUUAUUUGUCGUUUGGGUAAAUUCCUUAUCAAUGACUAUUAAUAGAUGAGAAUAUAAGAUGAGAUACGUAAUUAUCCUUCGUCGAG